AUGGCGGCCAAAAUCUCUACCGCGCCUGGUGACAUAUAUCCAGUGCACGUAAUGGAUGAUGGCCCAGCAAACCAUUGUUAUGUCAACUGGAUGAUGCACUUCAAUGAUAUUAUUGAAGCAACCAAGCUCAAUGAGGCGUUAGUCAAGCUCUUGGAGAAAGGAGACUGGAAAAAGCUUGGUGGGAGGCUACGACGCAAUAAAUCUGGAAAACUCGAGAUACACGCGCUAGAUUCAUCAGAUCCUGAACAAAAAAGUGUAUUCUUCACACAUAAUACUUUUGACAUGACAAUCGACAAGCAUCCGGUUGCAAGUCGCUUACCCAAAGAAACUCACUCCCCGUCCGUCCAGCCACUUCAUGAUGCUGAAUUCCGGCCACUUAUUGCACGCGAAAACUUGCCGACUUUCCAUGAGAUGGUUGAAAAGGAUCUCCCAUCAGUUUCAUUACAUGUUACUUCUUUCAAUGACGGGACGUUUGUCGGGUUGGCGUGGCCCCAUGUGUUGAUGGAUGCAAUAGGUGCAAAGGAUCUACUGGCAGCUUGGUCGUUGGUAUUAUCGGGACAAGAGGAAAGUGUUCUGCCUGUGCUUGGUGCAAAAGAAGAUUUUCUCCGAAAAACAGACGCGUUGUAUGAUGAUAAUGAGACGCCGGAAGAGUUUGGGCUCGAGAAACAUCGCCUUGCAGGGAUGGGUCUUGUUGUGUUUGUAGUGCGAUUCUUAUGGAGUAAACUGUGGAGCUCCCGCCGUCAACGCAAAGUUGUCUUUAUUCCUCGAGAUGCUUUUGCGAAAAUGAAAGUCAAGGCCCAAGAAGAUGUUACGACAACUUCCCAAGAAGUGGAAGAUCAAGCGUUCAUUAGCAGCAGUGAUAUUCUCACUGCAUGGUUCACUCGGGCAGUCGCAUUGUCAGAACGAAAAUCUCGCCAAUUCACAGUUUUGAAUCUUCUGAACGCUCGAUUCCGGCUUCCAAUACUAGUGAAGUCUAGUGGAGUUUUUCUCGGAAACAUGGUGCUUGGAACAUAUUCAUUUUUAUCUUCCCAGCUUGGUAGCAAGGGUGUUGGAUCCAUUGCACUUGAACAUCGCAAGCAUUGUACGGAACAGGGUACUGCAAAACAGACCGUCUGUUUCUUGGAGAGUAUUCUUCGUGAUGUCGAUUCUGGUGGCACUCCACGGCUGAUAUUUGGAGAACCAUGGGCUAGGGUCGUUGCUUUUAAUAAUUUGCUCAAGGCAGAUGUGAUCAGAACUGUGGACUUCAGUGCUGCAGUUAUACGCCCGGGGGAUGUAUCUGAGAAAAGGAAAAAUUCAUCAGGAACAAUGCUUUCGUAUUUCAACGGAGAUAUUGAUCAGUCCUUCAAGGAUCUCGACAUUUUCGUCGUCCUUGGGCAAGAUCAUGAGGAGAAUUAUUGGGUUCUGGGAUGUGUUUUCCCACGAGUUUGGCAGAAGAUCGAGCAAGAGCUACGAUCUAUAGAGACAAACUUGAAUCUCCAGUAA